AUGUGCAAUGUAGUUGAAAUCGUUCCAGAUAAUCCUAUCGUCAUCAUGCGUUGGGAUGGAUAUCAACCGGAAUUACCGGCAAUCAUGUUAAAUUCACAUAUGGACGUAGUACCAGUAGUCGAAGAAAAAUGGUCAUAUCCUCCAUUCAGUGGUACGAUUACACCUGAUGGUAAAAUAUACGGUCGAGGUACUCAGGAUAUGAAAUCAAUUGGUAUUCAACAGUUGGAGGCUAUUCGAAGAUUAAAAUCACGUGGAUGCCACCAGUUGCGUCGUACAGUUUACUUGACUUUUGUACCUGACGAGGAGUUGGGUGGUGUGAAAGGAAUGAAACCAUUUGUAUCAAAUCAUAAUGAAUGUAAUAAUCAUCAUUCCGAAGAAAUUAGAUUUCAAGAUAUGAAUAUCGGGCUUUGUUUAGAUGAAGGUAUACCAAGUUGCUCGGAAGAUUAUUUAGCAUUUUACGACGAACGUCGUCCAGUUUGGAUAAAUGUACAUUUUCAUGGUAAUGCUGGUCAUGGUCUGGCUUUAAUUGAAAAUACAGCCGCCGAAAAAUUCCGGAUAUUUUUAAAUAAUAUUUACAGUUUUCGCAAAGAAGAACAAUUAAGGUUAGAAAACUCUCUAGGAAAGCUAACAUUGGGGGAUAUAACAACAGUUAAUAUGACAAUGAUAAAUGGAGGUGUGCAGCAUAAUGUUGUACCUGAACAGUUGUCAGCAUCAUUUGACAUUAGAUUAACUCCGUCAUUGUCACUGGAUGACUUCAAAAAGAAAUUAGAUCAGUGGGCAUUAAAUGCUGGUGGACAUAUUGAACGUGGUGUAUAUCCCCAAGUAAAAAAUUGUUCAAACGAAAUUCGUACAUAUAGUUUUUUUUCUAUUUUCAGUAUUUACAGUUUUCGCAAAGAAGAACAAUUAAGGUUAGAAAACUCUCUAGGAAAGCUAACAUUGGGGGAUAUAACAACAGUUAAUAUGACAAUGAUAAAUGGAGGUGUGCAGCAUAAUGUUGUACCUGAACAGUUGUCAGCAUCAUUUGACAUUAGAUUAACUCCGUCAUUGUCACUGGAUGACUUCAAAAAGAAAUUAGAUCAGUGGGCAUUAAAUGCUGGUGGACAUAUUGAACGUGGUGUAUAUCCCCAAGUAAAAAAUUGUUCAAACGAAAUUCGUACAUAUAGUUUUUUUUCUAUUUUCAGUAUUUACAGUUUUCGCAAAGAAGAACAAUUAAGGUUAGAAAACUCUCUAGGAAAGCUAACAUUGGGGGAUAUAACAACAGUUAAUAUGACAAUGAUAAAUGGAGGUGUGCAGCAUAAUGUUGUACCUGAACAGUUGUCAGCAUCAUUUGACAUUAGAUUAACUCCGUCAUUGUCACUGGAUGACUUCAAAAAGAAAUUAGAUCAGUGGGCAUUAAAUGCCGGUGGACAUAUUGAAGUUAGUUUCCAAAAAUUGACAGUUUUUUGUAUCUUUUAUGUUUCCUAA